CAAGAAACACGGAGCAUAGCGGCAAAAAAUUGCCGGCCGCUCAGCUAACCGCCACAAAACAUGUCAGGAGAAGUACCAAUCCUUCAUGUGCCGCACCAUUGGUGGCGACUGCAUCUGAAAUGCCGCUAAUUUGGAUCUUUAUCAUAAUUCAAUUUUCAUUUUGCCUUUUUUUUGUUAUCUUAUAACUAAUAUUUUUCCCAAUCUUGCAGAAACCCGCAAAGUGAGAUUGGUAGCGCAUGAAACCCUGGCACUACUGCUCCACCGUGCGUCGCUGAUCCAUCCUCCUCUUUUCGGCGUCAAGCUUUCGACUCUCCUGCACAGUGCCUGAAAUCCAUACUCCCUCAUCCACGGUGCCUGAAAUCCCUAAUCUUCGAUUCACCCUGCGCCUUUGUGUGGUUGUGGAGUCACGCGGCUGCCCUCCGUCCUUCUCUCACCGGCGUCGAAGUUUUCCAUCUCCUCAAUCGUGCGUGAAACCCUUACACCCUCCUCCCCCGUGCGCCAAUCUGAGCUAUCGUGGCCUCUCCCCUGUUAAUGACAACUGAGGAAGCAGCUGAAACACUGAACCAGCUUAGACAAGGUGCAGUGAAGUCUGAAACUGAUAUGAUUAGUCGAUACUUGAAUGAUAACAAUAUCUCGGCAAAGAGUUAUCAUGGUGGCAUGAGUUCAAAGGAACGCAACUAUGUCCAAGAGUUGUUUACCUCCAACAAGAUUAGAGUGCUAUGGUUGGUACUUCACAUUUAUUCAAGGGUUUGUUUACCUUUUCGUGAUUUACCUUCAAGGCUUCACAAGCAAGCAAAUGGUGAAUCCAUGGAAAACUUAUGUGAAGCUUUUAGCUGUUCUUAUGGGUUCUCAUGGCCUAACGAAGGGGUCUCGGGCUUUCCUUAACUGCCCUGCACAAAUCAUGUUCAAAUCCACAAAGGUAAAAACCAUAAAAGAGGAAUUGCAUAUAUGAGCUUGGCUGUGUAGUGCUUAAUCUCCACAGAUCCAUAGGAAGUUGCUUGAACUCCAAGCAGAGCUGGAAGGCGAGAAGUUGAAGAGGAAGGCGAUGGAGGAUGAGGC